UUCUUAUUCUUAUUUUUAUUAAGGUCAGAAACGCACCGCUGCUCGCCUGUUUCACUGUUUCAGCUCCGGCGUGCACUCACCGGGAUGCCCGGGAACCAUGGGAAUACCACUACCCAACUGCGUUUGGGAACCAAUAUGUUGAACACACUCUACUUUUCCUGGGCGGCAAAAGACAAAUGGUAAAAAACUAAUAAUAAGAGACUUUCCUGUGAAAGCACAGCCACUCCGGACCCCCACUCAUUCAGCCAGCAUCUUCCCGAGUCGGAUGGCUCUGAAUGACAAGAUGCAGUAAUGGAAGUCCACGCAGCAUUCAGCACCGUAGCCAUGAAGCAGCUGAAAGGGUAGGGUCCGCUGUGAGCUCGCCUCACCCUACCCGACCACCCACCCACCCACCGCCCCGUCAGCUCCACCUGAGAGCAGAGUCCCACGUUGAAGCUUAAUCCUGCAGCUCCUCCCUCCUCCACGACCCUCCCACCACCUCCUCCACCACGGCUUUGGAAGACGAACAUGACGUGCAUUGCGAAGACGCUGGUUGAUGUCUGAUAUAUAUACCUCUGAGGUGUCGAGCGUAAAACCAGCGGAGCAAUGAAUGGCGGAAAGGACUGUGAGGCGGGAGAUGAGAGGCAGGCCGUCCCUGUCCAGGUCCCCAUUGGCUGGCAGCGCAAGGCGGAGCACGGCGGUGGGGUCAUAUAUAUAAGUCCCAGUGGCUCGGUGCUGUCCAGCUUGGAGCAGGUGAAGACCUACCUGCUGACAGAUGGAACCUGCAAAUGCGGCCUGGAGUGCCCACUCAUCCUCCACAAGGUGUUCAACUUCGACCCAGGGGCAGCUGUCAAGCAGAGGACAGCGGAGGACGUGAAAGCAGAUGAAGACGUCACCAAACUCUGCAUUCACAAGAGGAAGCUUCUGGCCGUGGCCACGCUGCACAAGAGCAUGGAGACGCACCCACCUCUGACGCUGACCAGUCCAGGGGGAGGUACGUCAUCUGUGGUUGCUGCGCAUUCCACGUCUCAACGAGCAAUAAGGACUAAACCCCACGAUGGCCUGCCCAACGCUGUCGGCCCAGACUGCAAGAAUCCCUUCAAGAUGAUGAUAGCGGCUGGACAGCAGCAGCAGAGGCUGUAUCCGCCCCAGGAGAUGGGUGGAGCCCAGCAGCCUGAGCUGUACUCUGGGUACUCGCGGCCGCAGAGGCUGGGCAGUGGGGAGCCAGGCCCUAAAUCCCCUUAUCGGGUCGGGUACGGAGGCAUGCUGAGCCCACCUCCCUCUGGUGCAAAGCUGUACGGAGACGGCUCACAGUCUCCCAGUGCGGACACUCUGGGCAGCCCUGACGGCUUUCCAAGGACCAAUCCUUGUGGUUUUCCAGGAAGUCCUGGCUCCAUCCACGGGAACACUAGGACGCCUCUCUCCCCUCCCAGUGUCAUGCUACACGGCUCCCCCGCGGGCCAGCCAUCCUGCGCCAUGACAGGGAGGACUAGCACGCCCCUCUCCCCCACGGCCACUGCCAAAAGCCCUGUCAUGAACAUGAACAUGCCUCGGGGGAACUUCCCCCCUGGUAUGGAUAUGCCCCGUGCAGCGUUUCACCAUAAAACACAGCCCCCUGUGCAUCCCGUACCGCCUCCUCCAUCCAUACCGCCAUCCUGUGCCCUUCAGAAAAGGCAGUUGACCUCCGAAAAAGACCCAUUAGGCAUCCUUGACCCCAUCCCCAGCAAGCCAGUCAGCCAGCCCCCCGCCAGCGCCCCGACCCCCUCCAACUUCCAGCCUAACAUCCACUCUCAGGUACAAAUGAUGAAUGUAAACAUCCCCCCUCCUGCCAUCGUCCCCUUGCCAAGCAACUUACCUUUACCCACAGUGAAGCCUGGGCCUGUGGGGCACGGCAGCCACAUUCAAAGGACUCAACAAGGUGGACCGGCUUCCUCCAUGUCCCCUUCCCCUGUCACCUCCCCUGUCCACAUGGCGGGGCCUGCCCUCGGGAGAGUGGAGGCCUCUCCUCACCGCUCACGCUCAUCCUCCACCUCCUCUGACCACGGGAACUUUGCAAUGCCCUCGGGGCACCAGGCCCCGUGUGGUAACAUGAAGGUCCCCCCUCGCUCCCCCAGGUCCGCCAUGGGGUCUCCCAGGCCCGCCAUGCCCUCCAGCCCCUCCACCAACAAAACUGACCCUCACCACCAGUACAAAGACUCCCAGUUGCUGCCCGGGAUGGGAAACUCUAUCCAGCAGCACGCAAACCCCAUGUACUCACCCACCUCUUCCUCCUCCUCAUCCUCCUCUAUGGCAACCCCCAGCGCUUCCCAGAAGGGCCACCCAGGACUCCUGGGGAUGCCCCUCAACCAGAUUCUCAACCAACAGAACGCCGCUUCCUUCCCCGCCAGCAGUCUCUUGUCAGCCGCAGCCAAAGCACAGCUAGCAAAUCAAAACAAACUCAGCGCUGCUGGCAACAGCCCUGCUGGCAUGGCUGCUGGUGGCGGCGGCGGCGGUGGUGGUGGUAUGGCAGGCAUGGGGGCAGGUGGUGGAGGUAACGGAGGAGGCGGCGGCGGGCACCCUGGCUCUAUGAGCGGCCCUCGAGGCAUGGAGGGACACAGCACUUUAAACUCAAUGCUCCCGCCAAACUCCACCAUGCUGCUCAACACUCCGGAGGGUCAAAGCGGCCGGGCGGCGCUUAGAGACAAGCUCAUGGCCCAGCAGAGGGACCCCAUGCGCAAACGGAAGCAGUCGUCAGGCAGCGCUCCGGUAAACCACGACAACAGUAACAACAUGGUCUACAGCAUGCUUAACAAACGAGGCAUGGGCGGGCCCCACAUGGCGGGGCCCAGCGCCACGGAGCAGCUCAGAAAAGUGGGCCGACUCGGAAAUCUUCCCCCAAACACCUCCAUGGCCCAGCUCCUCCAGUCCAUGAGCUGCCAGAGCUCCCACAACAUGACUGGGAGCAGCCAUCGUCCAGGUCUGAGCCCCGGCCCGGGGCCUCAAGGAUCUGCAACGCUGCACUACAACGACAGCACAGGUAUGGUCCCCGGUGGCCCUCAGCAGAGCCUCCUCGCUCAGCAGAGGCUGCGGGGUCCAGGAGACGCCAUGCAGCACUGCCAGAACAUGGACGCUUCUGGAGGACAUCUGGGCUCUCGUCCAGGCCAGUUUCCGGACAUGAUAGCCCAGAUGCAGGCCUCCUCCAUGAGUAACUGUGGGCCCAUGGCGCCUGGAGGCGGACCGGUAGGUCCUGACGGCAUGCCGCUGGGACGCCCCAACGCUAAUCCCCCGCCGCUGUCCCAUCCCGGCCCUCACCCCUCGCAGCAGAACCUCCUUCACGGUAUGGGUCGGACUACCAUGGUGGUGAUGUCACACGGAGGCGGUGAUGGGAGCUGUACUCAGACCAUCUCUGACACAGGAAACCCCUCGUCCCUCGGCUGCGGUAUGGGCGGCCUGCAGCCACACGUCAACAGCGGCGGAGGUCAGAUGUACCAGCAGCAGGUCCACCAGGGCAUGCAGCAGGGAGUGGCCUCCCACCCAGCCUACCAGGGGCAGCAGCACUUCUCCGACAACCCGCCGUACACAGACAGCAACAACGCCAACGCCGGCUCCAUGGCCUGCCUCUACCAGAACUACCAGCCGGGGAUGUUGUCGCACCCACAGUUCAGGGAGGGGCAACAGCCCCAGAGCGAGGGUGACAGGGGCCCCGGCGGAGGCCCGGAGUCGGUGGACGCCAUCUACAGAGCCGUGGUGGACGCCGCCAGCAAGGGCAUGCACGUUACCAUAACGACAACAGUGAGCGGGACCACACAGGCGAGUCCGGUGCCCGCCCUCAGUGCCAUGAGUGCCUUCACCGCCUCGAUAGGGGAGCCCGUUAACCUCCCCCAGGCGGUCAGCACAGUCCUGCACGGGCACCCGGAGGCGGAGGCGUUACCACAGCAAGGCAGAGUGCGGCAGGUGAGGCCGGGACGGGGUCAGAAGAACAUGGAUCCAGGGAAGAGCACUCCAGACGGCCCCGAGGCCAACGACUACUUCCGUUCUCCUGGACGCGGGACUCCCAGGGGGCAGUGGGACGGGGAGACGCAGCAUGGAGGAGGCUUCGACGGUCACAGCAACAACAGCGCCUGGGGCGGCGAGGAGUUUCUGGAGUGCUCCACCCAGGUGAGGAGUAGUCCGUGCAUGGAGCGACCCGCCAGUCUGGCCCCCGCCCCACCCUGCCCCACUGAGGGGUCCAACGACCACGGCCUGGUCAUGGCUCACGAUAAGGCGUUUCUCGAUGACGGAUAUCGCUUCAACAACUGCAACAGGACACCUGCGAACUACAAGGAGCGCCUGGAGCAGACGGUGGAACGCUGCGUCCACAUCAACGGCGCCACCCCCCACUUCAACACCCGGGGUUACGGAGACGUCCUGGGCCCCCCACGGCAGGAGCUGACGGGGGACGACCAGUCGCCCAGCUCCUCCACCAGCCUGGAGGGACCCCUGGCCACAGCCAAAGACUACAGCCACUACAACGGCCACUUCAACGGUAUGGCGCCCAGCCCCUCAGACACAAAGAGCCUGAGCAGCGAGGAGGACCUGCGGCAGCCGGACUCGCCCUCCUCGGAGCUGCUUCACUAUCGGUCCAGGACCUUCAACAUGGGAGAGCUGGUCUGGGGCCAGCUGAAGGGCUUCCCGCCUUGGCCUGCCAAGCUGGCCGGGGACGAACAAGUGCACAGCGCUGCUAUGCAGCUGCGGGAGCAGGCCAAGGUCGAGCCAGAGAAACUAAAAACACUAACUCACGAUUUGGAGGCGCUCGCCGCCAAACGAGGCCUGAAACCGGGGAAACUGAAUAAUCACUUGGAAGCUGCUAUCCACGAGGCCAUGAGUGAGCUGGAUAAGAUGUCGGGCACAAUCCCAUCAAGGGAUCGUCAGGUGAAGCUCCCCAAGCCUAAGAGGAGGAAGAUAUCCAGAUAACAUUGAAUGUGUCGGCCCAAGAACGUCCUCAAAGCCUUCGGAGACUUCGUCCGUUCAAGCCUUGAUGCGAUCUGAGCUCUCUAACAGGUGCUACACAUGGACUUUCAGUGGUACAUCCUUGUUCCAUGAUAUCAACUUGACUUAAUGACUGACCACAGAAGGUGCUGGAAACUCCAAUCACCAAUACAGUUUCAACUGUAGAGAGAAAAAAAGAAGAAAAAAUAGAGAAAAACAUCAGUUGCAAUUUGUCUACAGCUCACUGAAUUAACUAUUUUUUUCUAGUAUAAGAUAGUAAAACAAACAAAAAAAAGCUACAAGCAUUACCUUACAUAUUUAAGAAAAAUAGACAGUCCAAAUAUUUCUGAUACAUUUUCAAUAUGUAUAUAGAUAAUCCUGAAAUUUCAUGCUAUUAAGAAUUGUAUGUAAAUAUUGUACAAUGUCAUGUACAAGCAUACCUAAUGCACAUUUUAUCUUUUAUUGUACAAAAACAAAGCAGAAGUGUACCAAUGUCUUGGUUUCUAUUCAGAAAUGCGGUUGCAUACGGCCGCAUGCAUAGGAUAAAUAAGAAUACAGCCUAAAGCUUUUAUAUGACGAACUGUAAGACGUGCUGUUUUUAUUUUGUUUUUUUGUUUUGUUUUGAGUUUUUUUGUAAGGGAACAGCAGUGGAACAGGCAUGACUUUAAGUUCUCCAUUUCGAAAGUCACUACACACCAGUUAAGUGUUCAUUUGUAUAGGAAAAAAAAAGAUUUAAAAAAAGCAAAACAAAAAAACAGAAUGAACUUUACCAGCAGAAAGUGUUCAAUGUUCCCCAAAGUUAAGUUGGGAAAUAACAAGCGGCCGGACGAAUGUUGGUAAAUCUUCAUCUGCUCCACCACUCGCUUUGACACGACAUUAUCAUGUUCGGAGAGCCAGUUUGUGCUAAAAAGUUUGGUUAGCAGGUGAUUAUUCUCAGUUUACCAAUCACUGUAACUGGCAGACGAGAGGAAGUUGGUUACCUGCCGUUUUUUUAGAAGGAAAAAUCCACGCUCAGGCACCUUUAAACUGUCAUUUUGUGCUCCAUGCAUUCAGGAGUUUUGCAAAAACAAAGUAUGUACUAUACUAAAUAAAAUUAGGGCUGCACAAUAUGAGAAAAAAGAAUUUUUAGGGCUGCAACUAAUGAUUACUUUUAGGCAUACGCAUUUGUAGCCAUCAAUGCUUAUUGUGAGAGAUGUCUGGAUUGAGCAUUUUUUUGCCCCUGAUCCAAAUUUGUGUGAUUAAAUGUUGAGUACAAGUUUUGGACUGUCAUAAAAAAGCCUGGAAAAAUCAUGCAAUUUGCAAAUUUAGCAAUUUCCAGGCCCGGAAAAGUUUUAGAAAACUAAAUGUAAAUAAAUUUAAAAUAAAUAACUAACCAGCAGGUUAUUUGAUGACUGAAAUCGAGCACCUGAUGGCGACCUGACUGUCCAGUUAGCAGCUGUUUUUAUCAGUUGACAUGCACAACAGUAACUGCGUACACAUGCAGCAGCUUUCCUAAUUUUGGAAGCAUGAUCCACAUAUUUUAACUGUGACAAUACAAUUUAAAAAAGCUAAAUAAAAAAAUAAGUUAAAUGCAAAAAUUAAAAUAAAUGCUUAGGCGUAGAUGUCCAUGCGUACAUGUCCCCCUCGAAAAAAAACAUUAUUUUGACAAAAUGAAGACAUUUACUCCAUAAAUUGGAGUAUAUGAUUUGCCUAAAAUUUCACGACUCCCCACAGUUUUGAAAUAAAAGACUCUCCUGUCUGAAUGCAACAUAAAGUGACUCCUAAAAGUUCCUUUGGGUAGAUUUUUCCUUCAACUCCAACCACGAAUCACAGGCUGCAUUGAUAAAUAAUGUCAUUUGCUUGUGAUUUUGUUCUCGUGCUCGUUUUGUACAGUGAUUUUUUUUUUUUUUUUCAUGACCGUAGUCGAAUUUGCCACAACGAUAGCUUUAGGUAGAGUAACCAACCUCAGAGUCUAGAUUAUCAAAAGGACACUAACUCGAGCAGUGGAAGCAUUUCCCACAUUUAGGGGCCUUGUGUUUGUUUUUCUUUGUUUUGCUUAUUGAUGUAAAUUAUUUAUGUACAGUGCUCCAUAUUUAUUUUAAGCUUUACAAAUAUGCUAGAUGGCAAUAAUACUACCAAGAGUUGAGAACUCAAGCCUUAUAUGUGUAUAUGUAUGUUUUGUUUUUUUUUAACAGUGAAUAGUUCAUGUUUUCAGAGUCCGUUACAAAGUUCAUGUUCCCUUUUAUUUAAGAAGUGAGCAUUACAGAUAACACUUUUUUACA